AUGGAAUUACCAAACGCCAUCCCUUAUGCAUUCCGGUUCCGUCCAGAGUCGACUGCAUUGGUCAUUAUUGACAUGCAGCGAGACUUUCUCGAGCCUGAAGGAUUUGGCAGCAUUCAAUGCGGCGACGACGAGGUGUUCAGCAGCGUCCGUGGAAUUGUUCCUGUGGUCCAGCGAGUCUUGGAAGCGUCCCGGAAGCUAGGACUCUAUGUUAUGCAUACUCGAGAGGGACAUCUCCCGGAUCUAUCAGAUCUACCCGCGUCUAAACGCCUUAGACAGACGGCUGCCCCCAACGGUCACCAUACAAUCGGUAUCGGAGAGCCAGGACCUAUGGGUCGAUUGCUUGUCAGAGGUGAGUAUGGCCACGAUAUCAUCGACGAGCUCAGGCCACUGCCAGACGAAGUCGUCAUCGACAAGCCUGGCAAAGGAUCGUUCUGGAAUACAGGCUUCCACCGAGCUCUGUUGAAUCGAGGCAUUACACAUCUGCUGCUUGCUGGCGUGACUACCGACGCCAACGAUACGAUCUGUGCGUAUGAUGGCCUUUUCGGUUAUGUUGGUACAUCUCCAGAUCUCGUCAAGCUGUGCGAAUCACAAAGUUCGCCUGCCUCUGCUGAUCGAGCGGCUGCUCAAGAAGACUUGUCAAUAAUAGCCCUGGCACGAUCUUACCGUGAUGGCACAACAACACCAGUGGACGUUGCUCAUGUCGUUGCUGAAAACAUACUCGAGUGUCGUCAUGAGAGUCUCGACGCGAUAGCUGAUUCCAAAGAGCUGGAUAUUCUUCUCCACGAAGCCGAGACCUUGCAACAAAAGUCUGCCAGUAAACCAUGGCCGUCGCUUUAUGGUAUCCCAUUCACCACUAGCCGAGAUGUCGAUGAUACAACGGUCAAGGCUCUGAUCAGUGCUGGAGCUUUACACAUAAGGGGUCCGCCGGAACCUCUGGCCUCAGUAGCUGCUCGAAUGGUCUCAUUUGCUUUAGACAGUAAUCCGUCGAGCAUUUCUCAAGCUAGGACGUCUGAUAGCGUCGUUGUUUUCCAGCCCACUCCUGUUGAUGACAGAUUCUCGAUUGACCAGGACUCCGGAUCAACAGCGAUCGUUGCUCAAUCUGUUCAAGAGGCGCGUAAGGUUUGGCUGGCCAUCGAGCAGCACCUCAAUCGCCUCGAAAAUACCUCUGCCAUAUCUCGUAAAGUGGAAAACUCAUGGGUAUGGCAUGUCGACUUCCGCGGUCCUAAGAAUGGUGGCUUUGUGUUUGGCAUACCAAGAACAUCGAGGACCAAUAUUUGGUGCUCUGAUGCUUCAAAUCACAAUAUCCAAGCUGUUAAGCGGCUACAAGCAGCCGGCGGACAAGCUGAAGAGAUUGACUGGAAUAUAUUCGACCAAGUCAAAGAAGUCACCCUGGGUCUAACUUUAUUAGCUGCUGCAGAGACUGUCAGUAUGAAAGCAGUAUUGGAACUUCAAGCCAAGCAUGCGAAGCUGUCUAGACAAGCGACAAAAGUCCUUGAGACUGUCGACGUCUUGCUUGUCUCCAUGACAGCAUGUUUAUGUCACACGGCAUCAGAACGUCCGGAGCAAAGCCGCUAUCUCUUCGACACUAUGAAGACAUUAGUGCUACACUGA